AUGUUGUUCCUGUUCCUGUUGUUCCUGUUGUUCCUGUUCCUGCUGUUCCUGUUGUUCCUGUUGUUCCUGUUCCUGUUUUUCCUGUUCCUGCUGUUCCUGUUGUUCCUGUUCCUGUUGUUCCUGUUGUUCCUGUUCCUGUUGUUCCUGUUGUUCCUGUUCCUGCUGUUCCUGUUGUUCCUGUUCCUGCUGUUCCUGUUGUUCCUGUUCCUGUUGUUCCUGUUCCUGCUUUUCCUGUUCCUGUUGUUCCUGUUGUUCCUGUUGUUCCUGUUUCUGCUGUUCCUGUUGUUCCUGUUGUUCCUGCUGUUCCUGUUCCUGCUGUUCCUGCUGUUCCUGUUCCUGUUGUUCCUGUUCCUGCUGUUCCUGUUGUUCCUGUUCCUGCUGUUCCUGUUCCUGCUGUUCAUGUUCCUGCUGUUCCUGUUCCUGCUGUUCCUGUUGUUCCUGUUCCUGCUGUUCCUGUUCCUGUUGUUCCUGUUGUUCCUGUUCCUGCUGUUCCUGUUCCUGUUGUUCCUGUCCCCAUUGUACCAGCCUUUACUAGCCCUCACAGUUCAACACAUAAGCUAUGCUCCUGUUUUACUGCCCUCAUCAGGGCCGCCCUAG